AUGAGUGGGGCAAACCAGUCUAGUGUCUCCGAGUUCCUCCUCCUGUGGCUCUCCAGGCAGCCCCAGCAGCAGCUCCUCUUUGUGUUCUUCCUGAGCAUGUACCUGGCCACAGUCCUGGGAAACCUGCUCAUUAUCCUGGCCAUCAGCACAGACUCCUGCCUGCACACCCCCAUGUACUUCUUCCUCGGCAACCUGUCCUUCGUGGAUGUUUGCUUCUCCUCCACCACCGUCCCCAAGAUGCUAGUGAACCACAUACUCAGCAGUCAGACCAUCUCCUUCCCUGGGUGUCUCACACAGAUGUACUUUGUCUCUGAGUUUGCUGACAUGGACAAUUUCCUCCUGGCUGUGAUGGCCUAUGACCGCUUUGUUGCUGUGUGCCACCCCUUACACUACACAACAAAAAUGACUCAUCAGCUCGGUGCUCUGCUGGUGGUUGGGUCGUGGGUCAUUACCAAUUUGAAUGCUCUGUUGCAUACCCUGCUGAUGGCUCAACUCUCUUUCUGUGCAGACAACAUGAUUCCCCACUUCUUUUGUGAUGUGACUCCUCUCCUGAGACUCUCCUGCUCUGACACACACCUCAAUGAGAUGAUGGUGUUUACUGAGGGGAUCCUAAUAAUGAUCACCCCAUUUGUUUGCAUUCUAGUUUCCUACAUUUGCAUCACCUGUGCUGUCCUGAGAGUCCCAUCCAAAAAGGGAAAAUGGAAAGCCUUCUCCACCUGUGGCUCCCACCUGGCUGUGGUUUCCCUCUUCUAUGGCACCAUCAUUGCUGUGUAUUUCAACCCUUCACCCUCCCAUUCAGCUGAGAAUGACAUCGCAGCCGCUGUAAUGUACACAGUGGUGACCUCCAUGCUCAACCCUUUCAUCUACAGUCUGAGGAACAAGGACAUGAAAAGGGCCCUAAAAAAAGUGAUUUCUAUGAAAAUUUUUUUUUCUUUUCAAUAA